AUGAGGAUAACUGAUGCAGCCAAACAGGCAAGGAAAAUAUGCCGUGGCAUUGGAGAUGAAGGACCGAAACAGCUGAAUGCCAGUGGACUCAGUGAUGAUGACAAGAAAAAAACAACAAAACUAUGGGAAUUCUAUGAAGGUCAGUUAAAAUUGAAUGUAAACUGCAGGAUCCAUAGACUCCAUCUAAUGCAAUACAGGCAAAAAGCAGAUGAAAGCAUUGAUGAUUCUGUGACCAGAGCCAGGACACUAGCCCAAAAGUGUCAGUUCACAGAUGAGGAGCUCAGUGAACAUUUAAUUGAACUUAUCAUUGCUAGCACACCCCAUGAUGCACUGAGAAAUGACCUGUACAGCAAACCUAAAGGCCAUUCUCUGGCUAAUGUACUAGCAGAGGGUCGAAAAUACGAGGCCCUGUCGGCAGGCAAUGAACAAUUACACCAGCUUGGCAUGUCACAUAGUGAGACAAUCCAUGCAGUGGACCGAGGGCAGACAUGCCCAAAUUGUGGCAGGAGCCACAAACCCUGUCUAUGCCCUGCAUACAAUGAUGAAUGCUCUGCAUGUGGUACCAGAGGCCACUGGGCAAGAUGCUGCCCGAAAAGCAAGCAGCAGAGGCAGCAACGCUCAGGGUGUGGUCAAAGAAGCAAUUCUCCUCCACCUCAGAAUAGACAGGAGAGACGACAGCCCUCCAGAAGCCAACACAAACAGCGGGGAGAGUCCCACAUCAAUGCCAUAGACAGCACAGAGGCUGAAGAGUGUGAGUAUCAGUCACAGUUCUAUUCAAUCACCAUCAGUGAGAAAUGCAUGCACAGCAUUGAGAGCAAGCCACCCAGAGAGGAGGCGUACACAACUCUGAAGUCACCAGAAAAUCUAAAAAAGAACUACAGGAGGCUAUCUGCAUACAGCGGUCAUCAGAUCCCCUGCCUGGGUACCAUUAACAUCCCAUGCCAGUACAAAGAGUCCGAAUGGGUUAAUGCCAAAUUCUAUGUUGUGGAUGUGCCAGGUAGUUGGCCUGCCAACGAGUGA